AUGUUCCGCAUCCUCAAGCCGGGCGGUCGCCUCGCGACUUCGACAUGGGCCUUUGAGGGAUGGGUACCAGGGACCUUUGAGGCCCUCACGAAUCUUAGCUUGCCUAAUCAGAAGCCUGUCGCGUGGCCGCAAGAAUCCUGCCAACUCACCCGCAUCUGGUCGCCGGGCAUGUGGGACAGCGAUUACUUUACGGCAGCCAUGUAUAAAAACGUAGGCUUCAAGGACGUUCGGCCGGAUGUCGUCUCGGACCCUGUUUUGUUCCACAGCCCUGAGCAGUUCUGUGCCGUCUACCAGGGGCUCCAAUUCAGCGUCGUGGAGAAAUACUGGUCUAAGGAGGAGAAGGAGAAGCUGACCCCUCGGCUGGCAGAGACAUUUACUAAGUAUCUACGAAAGAAGCAUAAUGGGGACCCGUUCGGAUUUGAGAGAUCUUUUGUUGUUUGUAGUGGGACUAAGCCGCUUAAAUAA